AUGAAUGAAUAAAUAAAUAAAUUUUAGAAAGUGCUUCUGGAACGAAUCUGGCAACCAUUGAGCAGAAUGGAAGAUUCCUGUAUCUCAGCUUCCUUCCCAGGCACUCACUCCUACAGGCGGGGAGCACGAGAAGCAGGCAGCUGCGUCCCGGUUUGUCACCAGGGGCGCCAGAGCAGAUGUUCUCGGUCUGCAAAGGUAGCUGUAGCCUGCUUGACAUUUGUGCUGGGGAUUUUGACCAAUUGAGGACUAGACUGCGGAAUGAACAGGGAGUUGGCUCCACCCUCAGCCAGAGAAGCCCUGCCUCUCCCUUAGCCUGACCCCUGCGCAAAGCAUGCUGGUAGCCAUGGGCUGCGCGCAGGCCCAUCACGCUCAGAUCUGUUCCUUUGCGUUUUCCCCCAACUUCGGUACUUCCGGGAUAUCGAGGGGGGCCCCGGUGCGCACUCGGGAUCCCGGCCUGAUUGUUCCUGACCCUAUGUAGACGGACUAGACCGUGACUUUCCACCCUGAGCCAUCUGCUGAACCACGAGCUGGCCAUGCAUGGGAAGCUGCUGCUGCUGGCCGGCCUCUAUCUUGUGCAGGGUCUGCCCUAUGGACUGCAGUCCAGCUUGCUGCCCAUUUUACUGCGGGCCCAUGGUCUCUCCCUGACGCGUGUGGGUCUGACCAAGGGAUUGUAUGUUCCAUGGCUGUUAAAACUGGCGUGGGCGCCACUGGUGGACAGGCGGGGCUCCCCUCGGGUCUGGUUAACACUCAGCACAGUGGCCCUGGGCCUGGUGUGUGGACUGCUGGCUGUGUUGCCUCCCCCGCAAGCUGGCCAGACAGGCCUGCCCAUCAUCAUGAUGGGGCUGCUGCUGCUGCUGAAUCUGGGUGCAGCAGUGCAGGACGUGGCUCUGGACACAGUCGCUGUGCAGCUGCUGGAGCCAAAGGAGCUGGGAGCGGGGAACACUGUACAGGUGGUGGCUUACAAGCUGGGGUCAGCACUGGCUGGGGGUGGCCUGUUGGUCCUCUUCCCGACCCUAUCUUGGCCAUUGCUUUUUCUGCUCCUAGCCGCCACCUACUGGCUGGCUGCUGCCUUAGCCUGGGCUGCACCAACCUUGGGACAGCUGCCUUGGCCUCAGGUCUCAGAGCAUACCACCCCCGCAUCCUCCUAUCUUCUACAAGAUUUGCUGGCUGUGCCUGGGACCCUCUGGACAGCAGGCUUUGUGCUCACCUACAAGCUGGGGGAGCAGGGAGCUGGGAGCUUGUUUCCACUUCUCCUGUUGGACCAUGGUGCUUCCGCCUCAGACCUGGGGCUCUGGAGUGGCUUGGGCGCUGUGACCUGCUCCAUUGCUGGCUCCUCUUUAGGUGGGGCUCUACUGGCCCGGCACUGGCAGCCUCUCUCCCUAUUGAGGUCAGUGCUGCAGCUACGCCUUGGGAGUUUGGCCUGCCAGACGGCUCUGCUUUUCUACCUCAGUACCCCAGGGGCCAGUCUGGACCCUGGUACAAUCACGAGAGGGACAGCUUUGCUGAGCCUGUGUCUACAGCAGUUUCUGGGCGGUGUGGUCACCACCGCCACAUUCACUGUGAUGAUGCACUGUAGCCAGUUGGCGCCCAGAGCCCUGCAGGCCACGCAUUACAGCCUCCUGGCCACUCUGGAACUGCUGGGCAAGCUGCUACCAGGUACCCUGGCUGGAGUGCUGGCUGACGGCCUGGGCCCACACCUCUGCUUUGCCGCCUUCCUUGUCCUCUCAGGGCUGCCCAUUCUGGAUCUCAGCCUGGCACCCAGUAACCUGACCUGAGCUGUCCGUAAAGCCAAUAAAGCUAUGUAUGGCCUGGCUGUCUGAAACACAAAGACGUAGCUAUCUUCAAACUGAGGACUGUGUUACCAGAAAGGACAGAAAAUUACUGAAGGCUUUUUAUUUGGCACUUUGGAUCUUCUUGUUCCCUGCCUACAGCGGGGAGGUUUUGCCUACUGGUCAGUGAUGGCUACAUCAUCGCCUUGAUGAGCAGAUGAACCUGACACCCUCUCUGUAGUGGCCACAGUCUGGCUUGCCUCAUGUCUCCAUCAUGUAGCACUCUCCCAUGGAGGGUGGUUAUCGGCCUAUCAGCAGGAGUUCCUCUGUAGCCAGGCGCAUCAGGGCAUGGAAGUUCAGAUGUAGAUACUUUCUCCAGAAGCGCCGGUCCUGCCCAUAUACCUGGGCUGGGUAGCAUGGACUUGCUAUGAUGGAGAAGAAACAGGCUUGAGGACUCAGCUCGACUCUAGUGCCCAACUCCUGCCUACAUCAGGCAGCCCCGUGGCCCUCACCAAUGCCAUGGAAGAUGCGGGCCACAGCCCGUCCUGAAAACCUUUCCUCUGGCCUCACGGACAGGAGCUGACGGAUAUCACGACGAAUAUGGUCCUCCCAGUCCUGAAGCUGUGGGAGGAUGGCAUGUGACCUCCCCUGAGCCCCCAUGGCAUCUGUCACAUAAAAUCACACCCCAAGCA